CACCCUUGGUUUUCCUCACUCAACACAUAAAACAAAAAGGAACUCCUUUGCUUUGUGUAAAGAUUCCAAUCUUUGUUUCAUACGUUGGAAUUACUACAGAAAUGGGUUCUUUCAAUUGCUUCAUCUUAGCCUUCUUCGUGGCGCUCACGUUUUCCAGCAUCAAUGUUGGCCUAGCAGCUCGUCGGCUUCAGCAGUUACCACCUUUGCCUCCGAUGCCGACUUUGCCAAGAACAGGGGCGAUGCCACCAUUGCCAUCUGCUCCAACACUGCCACAGCCUACAAUACCGACUCUGCCAACCACCCAGCCAACGCUGCCUCCACUUCCUAGCAUUCCCAACUUGCCUAGUGUCCCCAGGGCUACACUGCCACCGCUUCCGAGCAUGCCUUCAAUCCCCACAAUAUCAACCAUAAUUCCCCCUAUUCCAUUCCUCUCUCCACCACCUUCGACUACCAGUCCUUGAGACUUUGCAUCGAUCUGCUGUCUAUCGUUUCAGCUUUCUUCUAUUACCAUGGAGAUGCUAGAGUUUUCACUCUUUCCAUUUCAGUUCAUUUCUUCUUUCGUGAGCAGUGUGUGCUUUUCUUUUUCUCUUCACAUUAUUUCAUCAUCUUAGCAUAGAUGGGAGUUCCCUUAUUAUUUGUUGUACCAUGUGAGAUACUAUUUUAUGGAUUUAUAUUCAUCAUUGUAUUGUGAUUUUA